CGUGAAAGGUGAGUGACGGUCAUUUUCAUUCCGAUUUGUGCCACCCCUGCUGUUUGCACGGUACUUCUACGAGCAUUCGAAUCUUCAAUYGUGCACGAAGAAUCUGGAAAUAUUUUGGUGUUUUUAUUCGACCUGUUCGAGUAAAAUGAAUUCGAAUACAAUACGGCUUUGCAAUUUCACCAAAAAGUCGGAGUAUUUCGUUUUUUCUGAAAAUCAUGGAAGUAACAGUUUCACUUGAUGCCCAAUGAAAUCAAAAGGAAUGUUAGCUUCGUUCCGACAAUUUUACACAAACGAAAGCACGGAGGAAAAUCGCCAAAACAGGCUCUUAUUUCUUGGACGGAGUAGCAGGAAUGAUGUCGAUGAAGACUCUCGAUCUUCCAGAAUCAUGGGUGAACCAACCGGCAUCCAACCUGUGAUAGACGGACAUGAUGUACGAUAUGACGGAUGUCAUCACGCAUCGAAUGAAUCGCCAAUCACACAUUGCAUGCAUCGGAUCCGUAUCUUCCUGAGUACUGUAGCAAAUACGUUUCAGCAGGACUUGCCGUUUCCCGAGAUGCAAUUGCAGGAGGAAUUUUUUGAAUGCGCUGCGGUAUUGGAUCGGAUUGGAUCGAAAGAAAUGGCUCAGCUGUCGCGUUCGACCGAUUCAACCGAUUCGGUGGAGUAAACAUAAGACAGUAUUCAGCAUUAAUACAACGAACAACYCAACUCUUCUUUUCUCCUUCAACAAGAAUAGAAUCGUUGCCAAACAAACAAAAGAGCAACGUAUCACCAUGGUCUCCAACAAAAACCGCACGGCCCCCUUGUAUGGGAGCAUACCAGUGACUGACGACAGCCACACCGAUGAAGCCACCAACCUGCUUCUAACGGGAGACUCUACCGAUUCUAGCAACACCGAUAGCAGACGGUUCAUCCCCUCCUGGAUAACGGGGCGCAGGAUCACGGCAGCCUCCCUAGUUGUCCUUUCCGUAUUGUGGAUAGGGAUUUUGAGCAGCUUCGAACAAUACGGGCCGAUGUCGAAAGAAAGAACGGUGGUUUCCUUUCUCGACAGCGGCRACGAAAAUUAUUCAGCCUCCUUUCUACUGGACGAUGCCUACGACGAAGCGGCCCUUUACUACGACGAUCAACAGGUCGAUCACCUUCACAUGGACGAUGGACGAACCUACAGCCAGCGCUACUACAAGAUGUCUCGCAACUUUGGUGGACCCGGGCAUCCCAUCCUUGUUAUCAUGGGGGGAGAGGAUACCUUGUUAGGCUUGCUCUAUCCGUUUGUAUACGAACGCCUCGCCUCGGAGUUUGGAGCAUUCGUGGUGAGCCCGGAGCACCGGUUUUACGGAGAAUCGCAGCCGGUGCCGGGCGGUCGGCCAAGCGUCGACGAGAUGAUGAGGUACCUGUCGCCCGACCAGGCUCUAGAGGAUGCCCUUCAGCUCAUCCAGUACGUUCGGAACGAGCUGGGAUGCGAUCCCGAUCGGACAAAGCCCGGAUACUGCCCCGUGAUUACCGUGAGUGUAGAAUGAAUGAACUACUGCUCUGCUCGGUGGUUGUUCGAUUGAUUCGUUCGUGUCGCGUCGAGUCGUGGCAUGCGCGUCUCCCCUGGGCCACAGUUCGUCGUUCUCGUUCCGCCUGGCCUCUCACUUUCUUUCUAUCUGCCUCGUUGUUUGCCCGCGGUUUUGAUUCUCUACAGUUUGGUGGAUCCUAUCCUGGCUUUUUGUCCGCAAUGCUGCGGUUCCGGUUCCCGGAUUUGAUCGAUAUUUCCUACGCGAGUUCGGCACCCCUCCAGCUGUAUUCCCAGCUGGUGGACAGCGACGCGUAUUUCGACAAGGUGACCGACGUGGCCGAGCUCGCCUCGGAGGGUUGCCCCGAUGCCGUCCGGUCGGCCCUCUUUGCCGUCCGCGACGAUCUCUACAGCAACUAUGCAGACGACGAAAGCGGCGACAACAUUCUUCGGGCCGCGGCCGCCACCGGGUUUUGUCCCGAUACCUUCCCGGGCUACGUUUCCGGCAUCGAGGAAUUCGUCAGCGAGACGAUUCAGUACCUGGUUCCGGCCAUCUUUGCCGAUUUCAACAUGGAGUACUAUCCACCGGGUCCCGAUACGGCCCUGGCCAAGGCCUGUGCCAUCUUCCAGCAACCCGAUGCACUAGCAUCUCCCAUGGACAAAAUCAGGCAGUUUUUCGACCUGCGCGAUGCCGAAGCCUACGGAGUCGAGGGCGACAGCGACGGCAGCGACGCAAGGUGCUUCGACCUAAGCCAGGAACUCCCCGACGGGCCCCACUCCCGCAUCCGCGGGUCGGACAAUUCCGGAACCGGCGGCGGCCACGUCGGCGAGAUCUGGGAGUUCCAGUGCUGCAAGGACCUGAUCGUCCGCGCCGGGUAUUCCGAGCGCAGCAUGUUCUUGCCGCGUCCCUUUUCGUACGAGUGGCACGAGGAGCACUGCAGGGCCCGGUUCCCCGGGAUCGUCGUGGAACCCUACCGGAUGAACCAGCAGUGGCACUUUGGAAACAACCUGACGGCAACCUCGCGGAUCGUCUUUGCGAACGGCCUGAACGACGGCUGGGAGACCUCGAGCAUGACCAAUGCGACCGAGCUCGAAGGCCCGGGGUACAAAGAGCUCCGGGUGCUGAAUUUCCCCAAUGGGGCCCACCACAGCGACCUGAGCCAUACCUACCCGAAUCCCAACGAGACGGCAGACAUCCUGGAGGGAUACGACGAAGCCACUGCCAUCCUCUCUGGAUGGCUCGACGAGAUUCGCGCCGUUCAGAAAUAACAGAGCAACGGAUACUAUCUUCCUACGUCUAUCCAUAAAAGUCUUCGUAAUCAAUAUUUGAAAAAUGAAAACCGAUAGAGAUCUACUGCUCCUGUUUAUAAAAGCAUUGUUUUGUC